CGCCGCUGCCGGCUGGGGCUGCUGCCGCCCGGGGCUGCUGCCGCCCGCCCGGCCGCGCCGCCGUGCGCGCCUUGCUGGGGGCCGGGAGCGCGGCUCCCAUUAUGGUCAGCCAUGGCGUGGCUGGCAGGCGGGCUGGCCGAGCUGCGCUGGUGCGCCUUGGUCGCCCUCUUCGUGGCGGCGCUGGCCACCCUGGCCGCCUACUUGGUGCAGUGCGCGCUGCUGGCGCUGCGGCGGGGACGGGCUCCCCCGCCUCCGCCUCCGCCGCCGCCGGACGGGCUGCUGGAGGAGGGCGGCUCGGUGCUGGGCUGGGCGCUGUCGCUGGGCAGCUGGCGGCGGCAGUGGCGGCGGGCCUGGCUGGCGGCGCUGAGCGCCGAGGCGGCGGCGCGGGCGGAUUCCCAGUCUCUUACGUUUGAGGAAGAUGACCCACCAGAACCACUUGAGCUAGCAGUUAAAGAAGUUGUUAGUGUUGUAAAGUCAGCUCAAGAGAAGGUGGUCUCUUGCAAUGUUCUGGGAGAUUCCAUUACAUUUGUUGUCACUGUCUCAGAUACUUCACCUGCCGCUGCAGGAGGUCAGUCGUACAGGGUGAAAUUGUCUCCACUUCACUUGCAGCUUCAUCUCUGUGUGAAAGACAAAGGAGAAGAUGUCAAAAUUGAGUGGUUCCUCAUUAACACCAAUGAAAGCAACUUUGAAAUCCAGCCAACAGUGCAGGAGGGACAGACCACAGGGACAUGUGCAAUAUCUGAAACACUCAGAGAUGUUUUGAAGGACCUCUUUAGCUCAGUUUCUCCAUCUGUAGUGUUGAGUACGAGGCCUGCAGAUACAAAGGAGGUUCAGAAUGUACAGAACAUAAACCUCCCUCAGGGCACUAGUCCGCCUAAACCUCCAAGGGCUCAUGAACUCAAACUGCUGGUGAAGAGCAUUGCGGUAAACCUAACUGAUCACAGUGCUGCAGGCAGCACAAACCUUGUGUGUAUAGUUCAGCUGAAUGACCCUAUGCAGAAGUUUUCCACCUCUGUAGCCAAAAAUGCUGCAAAUCUCUUUUGGAAGGAAGAGUUUACCUUUGAACUAAGUGCCAAAUCAAAAGCAUUGCAACUGCAAAUAGUGGAAGAUGGAAAGUUGGAUAGACCUUUGUCUGCAAAGGUGACUGUACCUCUAGACUUGUUCAGGAAACAACCUUCUGGCCAGCAAAGCUUUGCACUGAACAGCAGGGCCAGUGAGAGCAGCCCAGAGAUGGGGCCCAGGCUGGGAUCCAUUAGUGCAGAGUUCUCUUUUAUAGAACCCAAUGAAUUAAAGACGUGGCAAGUCUCUUCUCCAGUGCCAGCCACUAAGGUAGAAAAGGAUCGCACUGUGAUGCCCUGCGGGACUGUGGUCACUACUGUAACUGCUGUGAAAACCAAACCUCGUCUAGAAGGGAGGUCGUCUCCACUCAGCACAGAUUCUCCAGUGAAAACUCCAGUUAAAGUAAAGGUGAUUGAAAAGGAUUUCUCAACUCAAGCUCUACAUUCUCAUGGUGCUCCAGUCAGCAAAACUUUAUCAUCUUCAGAUACAGAAUUGCUGGUACUGAAUGGCACCGAUCCUGUUGCAGAAGCAGCCAUCCGGCAGUUAAGUGAGUCUGCAAAGCAGAAGGUGAAGUCUCCUAGAAAGAAAAGCACCAUUAUCAUAUCAGGGGUGUCCAAGACCUCUUUAUCUCAGGACAAUGAAGCUGCACUGAUGAUGGACUAUGCUGCAGCCAUGGACACCUCCUGCAAAGAAGUAGAUCCAGCCACUGUGGAAGAAGCUGCUGCAGAAGUCACCUGUGAUGAAAAGCUAUCAUUAGGUGCCUCAGAAACAGUAACUGAUACUGACCCGCAGCAAAGUGCCCAUAAGGCUUGGGGUUUGGAGAAUGGCAGCCAACCAUGGGACACCAGCACGCUCUUAGACCAGACCUGUGAAGAAGUAUCUGGGAGCUCAUUAAGUGUUUCAGAAACUGGGAGCAUGAAAAAAUCUAAAGGUGGGAUUUUGAAAAAAAGUGCAAAGCUCUUUUUCCGACGGCGACAUCAUCAGAAGGAUCCAGGAAUGAGUCAAUCGCACAACGAUCUUGUCUACCUGCAGCAGCCACUGUCAGAGGAAACACGCAAGAAGGGAGGCACACUGUCACGUAUUCUGAGCAGAAAGCUCCUUUCCAAAAACAAAAGCAAGAACAAACUGAAUGGUGCUUCGGCAGAACCCUGUGUAUAAUCCUGAACACUCUCUGAUGGGAUACUUGCACAUCAGUUGACCGUUUGUUUACAGAGCAGCACUAGAGAUACAAAUAUGGCUGAUGACUUGCAUAAAAUGAUGUUCCCUGAUACAGUGGUCCAGGAAUAAACAGAAGCUUUUUUGCUUAUUUUUCCAGAAUGCUUUUCCUCUCUGGUUAUGAAGUUGCUCCUCCAAAUACAAGCAGGACUAAUUGUAUCACGACAGCUCUUGGACGAUCGUGUGGUUUAUUGUAGAACAUGGGGGAGGAUGGGGAGUGGUGCAGGUGGGGAGGACCUGCAUUUAGGUUCCUAGUUUACAUUAACAAGGAGCUGAGAAAUGAAACAUCAUACUUGCUAUAUGUCCAAACCACUCUAGAGAGAGAAGAUACCACUGUGCUUCCUAACUGCAGCCUGGAAUAGUAGCAAUGCAAGUCUCAACUUGAUGUUCUAGUCAGGCUGAAAGGAAAAACAGAGACCCAGAUCCAGUUUGUAUUGUAAUUUGGAAAUGGGUAAGUUUUCAGAAGCAGAACUGAAAUGCUGAUUAAGAUAGCCUACUGUAAUAACUGUAGCCUGCUGUCAUAACUGCUCAGUCCAUGUAGGUGGAGAGAUGCCUCUAAUGCUAGCCAUAAAUAAAUUAAUUAUGCAAAUACUUAUACUAGCAUAUUGUUUAAUGUUCUGUGCAUAAGUUAUGCCUAAAAAUAGCCAGAACUUUUGUAAAAGUCUGCUUGAGUCUACUCACAAACAAAACAUUUACAAAUUCUUAUAUGUAGCUUUUCUUCCCUAUGUGAGAAGCUGUGUUGCUAAUGCAAAAACCAACCUAUGGGGCUCCAGUUCUUUCUCCCAAGUACUUGUGAGACAAGUGUAGUAGCCAUCUUAUGAAACAUGAAGCUAGGAGCAAUAAGUGAUGGAUAGAGUGUAUAUAUAUCCCUAAAAUCCUUUUCAUUAGACAGCUUAUUUUACUUGCCAAACACUUACUGAGAUCUUAGGAAACACAGUUGUGAAGAGAGCUUUUAAAAAGAAUAACAAUUCCCUUAAUAGUCUUUCAAUUUCUAGCUCUACCAGUUUUGUCAUGUGGUGAGGGGUGGGUUAGGAGUUUUUUUACUUUUUUCCACAUUAAAUAUUGCAUCUGGCUCCUUUAAAUUAAAAGGAAAAGUUAUGAAAGUAAAGGCAUGGGUCUUGUUUUGGCUAUUAAAAAAAGUAAAAUGUCAGUUGUUUCACACGUACUGUCUUUCAUGCAUACCUGUACAUUUCCAUCAUCUACAUUCCUACUGAGGACAAAGGACCAAGCCCGAUGUCUUUAGCCAAGAAAAACAUCCAUUCCAUCAAAAUUACUGACAUGAAUGGAUGACGGGUUUGUGCCUGCUUUGCCCACACUGAUUUCCCCCUGCCCUUUCCUCCCCAUAAGACUUCCAACACUUUGGGAGAUAUUUGGUCUUUCAGCUUAAACUGUUCUUCAAAAAUAGAAAGUGACUGAAGAACAGAAACACCUUUCAAAACUUCUGAUGAACUCUGUAUUCACUGGUAAAUACUUUUACAGCGUAUGUAAAAAUAGAGGGGUUUUGGUUUCUAUUUUACAAAGAAAAUAUUAGAAGAAAUGAACUGUCAAAAUCUUUUAACUGAGCCUACUGUUUAAAAAUACUGUUUAUGUGUAACCUUCUAAAAUCACUGUGGUAGUACAGCAGUCCAGACUAUCAAGUAGUUGUACAUUUAAGCAUGCUGCUUAUUAUGAAAACACUUGAAGGCAUUUUAAUAUUAUGUAUUUUGAAAAUUGGUUACAAAUUAGUCUUUUAGAGCUGUAAGAUGCUUAGAAAUCCCAGUUCAGUAAUAAAUGUUUGUCCAGUUUGAAUGUGCGUCAACACUUUAGUUUAUUGUUAAUUUAAUAAAAAGUAGAAGUUAGGUUUCUUCAUUUGUCCUACAGUGGCUUAUGAUAUAUGAGCAUUAAAAAAACUGAUGUUAUAUUCUCUCUUUUAUCCCUUGAAUUCACCGGGAGCUGAAUGGGGCAGGGUGAGAGGGUCAAAUCCCUGCUGUGCUUUAAAUCCUGUCUUGUUUGCCAAGGGAGAAGACCACAGCUUGUCACUGACUUCAAGAAAUCAAAACAAGACUGAGCUUGGUGGGUAGCACCCCCUUAAUACCAGAAGCAAAGAGCUGUGGAACUGGGAAUGUAAAGUGAGCAUGUAGCCCUCCUUUAAGUUUGCUUAAAUUACUGAACUGGGAUUUUAAUUUACAGAAGCUUUAUCAUGUGGUGUAGAAUGGGGUGGAAAUAACACUGAAUAACUUGUGCAAUACAGGACUGGAGUUUGUGUGUAGCUUACCCCAAAGAACAGAUACACACUGAAGAAAUGUUUUGUGGUUCCUCUCUCUUAAUGUCUUGGUGAUUGCCUAAAUGCAUGUCUUGAUGAUGGUGGGAACCAAGAACAUUCUGUAUUGCAAACUGUGUAAAGAUUUGGGCUGACAUAUAUUGAGAGAGGAUGAAUUAAGAUGAGGAAAGCAAGGCAUUUUAGGGUAAAAAGAGAUUCCUGUUUUGUAAUUGCCUUCACUCCUCAGGAAAAUAAACUUCAUUUGGUUUGAUGUUUGACCUCCAUAUCUGGCUAGACUGCUCCUCACCUAUUCCUGCUCCUCUACAAAUAAUUUAUGUCCUGCUGUAAAAACAAAAUAAGGUACUAAACAUAAAGGGACAUUUGAGUUGCUCAGUCAUGACAGCCGCAAAGGCCCAUAAUAUUGAAUCCUGUUCCCACCUUCUGAGAUUAGGUUGUCAUUUAAGAUCAGGAGAUCUGAGUAUGUACUUUUUUGUACAGUAGUACUGAGGUCAGUGUGUGUUGCAUCCUGACAAGCAGCUGGAGCUAUGCUACAGGUUUGGACAGGAACGACUGGAUUUGUAAUCUGGCAUAACUAACACUGCAGUGUAUCCUCUCUUCAGUGCUGCAUGUCACCUGUGCAGUUGUGUGGAGGAUGCCAGAGGGAAUCUUUUCACUUUUUUAUGUUUUGCAAUCUUCAUAAUUUUUAUAGCUCCACAUGAGAAGAGCAGAACAAAUUUCUGCAUGAUACUACACUGAAAACUUGUCUUCUACUUUAGUUACUUCAGAACAAUAGCCUGAAAACAACCUGUGAAAUGUUUCUUCUUUUUUGUCUCUUUUCUUACACUUACGUGUUUCUAGAUGUUAUGUACAGCAAAGAAGGCAUGAUACUUAUUUUUUGAGGACUAAGAGAUGAUGCUUUUCCUUUCUUAAGAAUUUUUCUGCCAGUAAUCGAACCUUCGUAAUCUGUGUUAGUUUGUGGCUUGUUGUACUUCAUGGCAUUUUAGCUUUUUAUUUGCCUUGAUGGGGAAAACCUGCAUCCUUACUUGACCAAGAUUUGCCUUGGCUUUAAUGUGGAUUUUGACCAACUAAGCAGUACAAGAAUUAAAUUUCUCUAUGCAGUUUAAAGCAAUAAAACUGCCUAAUAUCUCAAGCUAAUACCUGCCUAAUACCUACAAGCUAGGUAACUUGCUUAAAAGUCACUUUCAAGAGGGAGGGGGUACUUUAUCCCUAGGUAACAGGUAUUUCAUAUCCAGUUCACUCCAGGAAGAAAUGACAGUCAUUUCACUCUUUAACUACAUAUGAAGCCUGUGAACUAUAGGCAGCAGGAAGGAGUAUCAUGGUGGAAAAAAGUUCAUAUUAAUUUAAAAAGCAAAAUACCCUGGGCAAAUUUAUUCAACUUAAUGGACAGGUCAUAAACUAUGCAGGCAUAAAUACUGGGUUUUAUUCUUAUGCUUUCUGGUAGAUUUUCCUCUGCUCUUUCUUUGGGAGAGAGUUUGGAGCUCUAGGUCAUACAGACCUGUAGUUACUGGCUUGCUCUUGAGAGGACUUGGCUUACAGGGCUGCUUUUUUCAAGGUGUUUUUUUUUUACCUGGCAAUGAUACCAGCCUUGGGGAUCAGUGAAAUUUUACAGCAUUUCCUGGUACUGCAUCUCCUCGCUGGUUCUACGUGGCUUUCAAGUGGAAGCUUUUCUGCUAUCUAUUUCUUGUAAAGUUUUGGUGUUCUUGAUACGCAAAGUAUCAUAGGAAGAAGGAAAGUUGACUACGUAAAAUGCUAUGAAAUGUGUAUGGGGAAGCAAAAUAAGAAUCUUGCUCUUGUUUUAACAUCUUUUUCAGCUCUGGUAGCUCUAGGUGUUACGAAGAACAAGAGCUCUAUACAAGGUGGGAGCCGUGUGGCUUUUCCUUUUAGUUUAUUUCAUUUUUUUAAGUGUAGAGCUGAAGUUUGAGAUAAGUGCUUAUCCUGGUACAGAAUGAAGUAUAGUGUAACUCCAGGCUUAGACAUUCCCAUUGUGAGUGGGAACAGCUGACCUCAUACUUUGACCUCCCCAGGACCUAAGUGGAUUUAUUCAUGUGUUUAACCUCAGCUUCUGUACAUUGCUAAGCCACAGCCUUGGCGACAAACAACUCAAGAUUAACUGUAUAACAAGGGUGAUUACUUUAGGUUAGGGUGAAUAACAUAAUUUCAGGAUAUCCAAACUGUUGCUAUGCAAGGUGCUGGCACGGGAUGAAAAUCGCUGAGAAGGAUGGGUCUGAGGUCUUUCCAAUACUGUAACUCUGUAUUUCCCAAUAAUGUAUUAUCUUCUCAUAUUCCAGGUGGGGUAAAAUAUUUUUUUCUAGCAUUCAACUGUGGUAGUCACUUCUGUAGUGUUUUCUUUCUUUUUCUGUGUGUACACUAAAUUAAGUUGGUGCAAUUAAGAAGUCUAUGAUGUACAGAUUUAUUAUAUCACUAAAAAGCCUGAGGAUUUUUUAAAGAAAUUAUGACUGCUAUACAUACAAUAAAAGCCAACUGUCUCUGUA